UUUGACUGGUUACCAAAUUACUGGAUUUCUAAGGAUCUGCAUAUCUUUCGACGCGAGCAAUUCAAAGUUGGAGUUUUAUAGUCAGAAAGAUGGCUAAUGUAGAAUUUGAAAACAACUUUGAUGACCUUAUAAAUAAGCCUUCAGGCAAUACUAUAUCCGAAACUUUAAGUGAAAUGGAUGUUUCUAAUCCAUUUCAUGAUGUAAUAUCACCUUUGGUCGCAUCGGAGGGAUCCUCUGACACUAGAGUAAUCGAUCAUAACACUUUAAAUAGUCGUAUAAACAAAAAUGGUGUGCCUAGUUCAAUAGACCCUUUAGAAAGCUCUCAAACUCUCUCCGAUUAUGAUCCUCAAGCUUCAAUAUAUUCUUCCAAACUUCUUGAAAGGGAAUUCGAAGAUGUAGACGUAUCUUCCAUAAAAGGAAUAGAUGCUGCUUCGUCAGCUUCCACUGAGAGCCAUAUUACUGAAAAAAGUAGCGGUGAAGAGUCCUUUGAUGAGACUGCCACCAGAAGAGUUCAUAAUGAUCGAUUUUUAGCAAGUGUUGAUAAUUCGAGUAAGACUGAUGGCUCAAUACCAACAUUUAAAAUCACGGUUGAAGACCCUCAAAAAAUUGGUGAUCCUAUCAGUGCACAUAUAAUUUAUAGAGUCAGAACACGGACUACGUCUACGGCUUUCAGAAGUCGAGAAUUUACUGUAUUAAGACGAUAUCGCGAUUUCUUAUGGCUCUAUAAUCGGUUAACUCUUGGAAAUCCUGGUGUCAUUGUUCCUCCUAUACCAGAAAAGCACGCUAUUGGUCGGUUUCAAGAUGAAUUCGUGGAAAAUCGACGCCAAGCUCUUGAAAAAUGUUUGAAUAGAAUUACUUCUCAUCCUAAAUUAUAUCGUGAUCCAGAUUUAAAAUUAUUUUUGGAGUCUGACACUUUUACCAUUGAUGUUAAACGGAAAAAUCAAGAUGAAUCUAAAGGCGUUUUAAAAUCGCUAGGCGAGGCAAUGUCGAAUGCAGCUACUUUUAACAAAUUUACUGAAACAGAUGAAUGGUUUGAAAGUCGAAGAAAUCAAUUAGACAUUCUAGAAUCACAGCUGAAAACAUUGCUAAAAUCAGUUGAGGCAAUAGUCAAACAACGCAAAGAUUUAGGUAGUGCAACAGUUGACUUUGGGAACAGUUUAUUGUCCUUGGCUGGUGCUGAGCUGAACAAAUCAUUGGCCAGUAAUAUAACAAUUUUAGGAAAUUUACAGCAAAAAAUCAAGGAGUUACAUGAAAAACAGGCACGUCAGGAUGUCCUUACAUUAGAAAAUACUGUAGGAGAGUACAUUCGUAUAAUUGCAUCGAUUAAAGUUGCAUUUAAUUCACGCGCUAAAGUUCAUCAGACGUGGCAAAAUUCCAUUUCCGAUUUGCAAAAGAAAAAAGCCAAUUAUGAAAGAUCAAAAUCCCAAGGAAGAUUCAGUCAAGAUAGAAUGCUAACUCAAAUUGCUGAGGCUGAGCAUAAGGUUGAAGAUUGUAAAAAUGAGUUCGAGGAAGUAUCUAAACUUAUUAAAAAUGAGUUAGAUAGAUUUGAUAAGGAAAAAGUGGAGGAUUUUAAAAAUGGUGUUGAAGCUUUUUUAGAGUCAGUGGUUCAAACCCAAAAGGAGAUAAUUAGUUUAUGGGAAUCUUAUUUCCAACAAAUGGAAGCACAACAGAAUUCUAAUUUGGAAGAUAGCUCCGCUGCAACAUAAUUUAUUACUGUAUUAGUAUUUUAUUAAUUUAUUAAAUAUAGGAUUGUAUAUUUUGUUUUUGAGUGUGAUUGUAUUAAAAUAAUAAUUUUUUUUUUAAAAAGAAAGAAUUCAUAGAACUUAAAUAAAUCUGUACAAUAGAUAUUGUAGUAAUUUGAAUAA